GGUGAGCUGGCUAGUUUUCCUGUUUCCGGUGUUCACUGAACAGUAUGGCGGGGAUGAGCGGUGCUGGGGAAACGAUGGAGAAUUGGCCUGAAAUAGAGAAAGCCGCAUCAGAGAAGAGACGCGAACUUGUGCUACAGGGUCCAAACAUCGAUAGGAAAAUCCAAACGGGCGGACUGAAUCCCAACAUAUACUCGCUAAGGCUCUUGAAUUACCUUGAAAUUAGCCAGUGCCCGAGUCUGGUAGAAAUUCACCAAGGCAUUGAAGACCUGACGCAUCUCCAGAGUUUGAUUCUCUGCAGAAAUAAGAUCUCGACAAUUCCUAAAGCCGUUGGCAGUCUGAAGUCCCUGAAGGUUUUGGAUGUUUCUGUGAACGAACUGGAGGCUUUACCAGACGAGUUAUCCCAGCUCGGCGAACUCAACACACUAAACGUCAGCUGCAAUAAGAUCAGAUGCCUUCCAGACGGACUGAGCAGGUGCACGAAGCUGUCCACCAUCAAUAUAUCCAAAAACAACAUUACUCGCUUCCCUGAAGACAUUUACUCAACUCAUCUGGAACUCCUUAGCACAAUUGUUGCAUCGGAGAAUUCAAUCGAAGAAUUGAGUGGGGAUAUCAGUUAUCUGUCAGCACUUAAGAAUUUGGACCUCUCCAACAACAAACUAACUGAUAUCCCGUUUGACCUCGCCGACUGCGCCAAGCUGAAAGAGAUCAACUUUAAGGGAAACAAACUGAAAGACAAGCGUCUGGAAAAGAUGGUGAACGGUUGCCAAACUAAAUCCAUUCUAGACUACCUGCGGGCCGGCGGCAGAGGUAAGGGAAAGGGUAACCAGCACAACGAGAGUGAGAAGGAAAGUAGCAAGGAGAAAGACAAAAAGAAAAGGACCGACAAGCGACAGAAAAAUAAAAAAGAUGAGGACGAGGUAGAUGAGAUUAACCGAAUGGUCGUGAAGGUUCUUCAUGUCACUGACAGCGAGACAGCAUUCACGGUGAAAGUUGCCGCCCAAGUGAAGGACGUCCGGCCCUACAUCGUCUGCUGUGUUGUGAAAGGCAUGAACUUGAAGCCGGGAAAUGCGCUUAAGAGGUUUCUCACGGCACAGAUCAAACUCCACGAUGACAUGUGCGGGAAAAGAACACUGGCAACGAUUGCAACUCAUGACCUGCAGUUGCUUCACUGGCCACUGUUGUAUGAUGCCAGACCCCCUAAAUUGCUGAAGAUUGUCCCGCUGAGCCGUAAAGAGACCAGCGCGGCGGACCUGCUAAGACAGCUCCAGUUUGAAGCGGAGGAGCAGAGGAAGCAGAAGAAACGACAGAACGUGUCAGGCCUCCACAAAUACCUGCAGAUUCUCGACGGGAAAGAAAACUACCCCUGUGUGGUUGAUGCGCAGGAUCAAGUAAUUUCAUUUCCACCAAUCACCAACAGUGAGAAAACAAAGAUGAGGAAAUCCACUGCGGAGCUGUUUGUGGAGGUCACCAGCUCCUCCAGUCUGCAGAUUUGUAAGGAUGUUAUGGAUGCUCUGAUUGUGAAAAUGGCCGAGCUGAACAAAUUCACCUUCGACCACAAAGAGGAGGUGCAUUCAGAUGGGGAGUCGGACCUGGCUAGCGUUGCGGAACCGGCACCGAGUGAAAUGACCUCAUCGGAACUUGUCGUGCAGCAGGUCCGGGUCGUGGACCCGGAUGGGAACCUCAAGGUUGUGUAUCCGUCUAAAACGGACCUCACUUCAGAGGUGACGAACCUGGCCGUCAUCCGCUAGUCCCGUCCCAAAUGCAAACCAGUGCACUCGUAAUUUUGAGAAAUUGGGAAAUACUUGUAAAUGUAAUGCAUAAAUGUGGCCCUCUCUCUGUUCUUUAUUCCUUUGGUCACAUUGAUUUGACAUCCUACCUAUUUGUAGGUAUGUACACCUAUUAGACUGUUCGAACUGAAACGCCAAACAUUUCGAUUUCAUGUUAUUCAGUGUCUGUUGGCGAUCUGGGGAGAACGCUGACCUACUGUCCCCUGUAUUCAGCAAGUAUAAAGUGGAAUGGCACUACGGAGGGAUCUUAAAUUUAGAAAAAACGAUUAUCGGAUUCCAAAUCCAUUUGUAGUUUACCUAUGUGCUCUUAACCAUCAUUUCAUUUUUGCGUUUAAAGACGUGACCUCAGUAUUUGGUAAUUUCACUGCUAAUGCUAGUCUACUUAUGCCAAACAUGUACAGCUGAUGGAGGGUGCAAAUGUAUUUGAUGUCUGAUCUGAAGUGAUUGUACACAUUUUUUGGGACACAUAUUAAAUAUCUAUGUCACUGUAAGGCAAGGUUCUGUCUGUGUUCAUAUUUUGUCAGGAACGUUUACUGUGCACCUGUUACAGACUGUCACCAUAUGUUUUCAGUUGAUUGCCAUGUCCUGGGUCAAUGGUGUGUCUGAUAGAAUUAUUAUAAUGUCCAUUAUCUCCAUUUUAAUAGGAAAACUGAUAUUUUCCAAGUUACCAAUGCCUUUUGCUUACCUGAUGUCUUAUGGAUGGAUUUUUCUUUUUAUUUGAAUCCAUGAAUCUUCCAUUUUCUCAAUAUUCAGUCUGUUUUUGGAACUAUACAGAAGAAUGCGAUUCUUACCCAUGAAAGAAAUAAAUUAUUUCUGUGGAAUAAUUUGUAUAA